AUGUAUGAAAACAUGUCCACAAUGGUGUACCUAAAGGAAGAGAAGUUGGAGAAGCUCACACAAGAUGAAAUCAUUGCAAAAACUAAGCAAGUUAUUAAUGGACUAGAGGCACUGAAGAAUGAACACAAUUCAAUUUUACAGAGCUUACUUGAAACACUGAAAUGUUUGAAGAAAGAUGAUGAAACUAAUCUGGUUGAAGAAAAAUCAAACAUGAUUCGAAAGUCGCUGGAGAUGUUGGAACUUGGGCUUAGUGAAGCACAGGUAAUGAUGGCAUUGUCAAAUCACUUAAAUGCAGUGGAGUCAGAGAAGCAGAAAUUGCGUGCCCAGGUUCGACGGUUAUGCCAGGAAAAUCAGUGGCUACGGGAUGAACUAGCCAAUACACAACAGAAACUACAGAAAAGUGAGCAAUCUGUGGCUCAACUGGAGGAAGAAAAGAAACAUCUAGAAUUCAUGAACCAAUUAAAAAAAUACGACGAUGAUAUUUCACCAUCAGAGGAUAAAGAUACGGAUUCCACCAAAGAGCCUUUGGAUGACUUAUUUCCAAAUGAUGAAGAUGAACAAGGACAAGGGAUUCAACAACAGCACAGCAGUGCAGUUGCCGCUGCCCAACAAGGUGGCUAUGAAAUUCCAGCAAGAUUAAGGACCCUUCAUAAUCUUGUUAUCCAGUAUGCUUCCCAAGGUAGAUAUGAGGUUGCUGUACCACUUUGUAAACAAGCUCUUGAAGAUUUGGAGAAGACCUCAGGUCAUGAUCAUCCUGAUGUUGCCACCAUGUUAAACAUACUUGCUUUGGUGUACAGGUUUGUAUUCGAGAAGACUUUGGGCAAAGAUCAUCCAGCGGUGGCAGCAACUCUAAACAACCUUGCAGUGCUUUAUGGUAAACGUGGAAAGUACAAGGAGGCUGAACCAUUGUGUAAGCGAGCUCUGGAAAUCAGAGAAAAGGUCUUGGGGAAAGAUCACCCUGAUGUUGCCAAACAAUUAAAUAACCUGGCUUUGCUAUGCCAGAACCAGGGUAAAUACGAAGAGGUAGAAUACUAUUAUCAGAGAGCACUGGAGAUUUACCAAACUAAGCUGGGACCAGAUGAUCCAAAUGUUGCAAAAACAAAGAAUAACCUGGCAUCCUGCUAUCUAAAACAGGGCAAAUUCAAGCAAGCAGAAACUUUAUACAAAGAGAUUCUUACUCGUGCUCAUGAACGGGAAUUUGGUUCCGUAGAUGAUGAAAAUAAGCCUAUUUGGAUGCAUGCUGAAGAAAGGGAAGAAUGCAAAGGAAAGCAAAAAGAUGGCUCAUCUUUUGGAGAAUAUGGUGGCUGGUACAAAGCUUGCAAAGUUGAUAGUCCAACAGUUACAACUACCUUAAAGAACCUUGGGGCACUUUAUAGACGGCAAGGUAAAUUUGAAGCUGCUGAAACGUUAGAAGAGGCAGCAAUGCGAUCUCGUAAACAGGGUCUUGACAAUGUUCAUAAACAGAGAGUUGCUGAAGUGCUGAACGACCCUGAGAGCAUAGAGAAGAGGCGCAGCCGGGAGAGCCUCAAUGUGGAUGUGGUAAAGUACGAGAGCGGUCCCGACGGAGGCGAGGAAGUGAGUAUGAGCGUAGAGUGGAAUGGGGAUGGCACUGGAUCUUUAAAACGCAGUGGUUCCUUUAGCAAACUUCGUGCUUCCAUUAGACGCAGAAGUGAGAAGCUGGUUAGGAAGCUGAAGGGUGGAAGCCCACGGGACGAGGAACCAAAGAAUCCGGGGUAAUUAUCCAUU